UCAAGUCUUAUUAUUAACGCAUCACCAUGCCUCCUAAAGUCAGUGGAAAAGCCGUCAAAAAAUCUGGCAAAGCCCAGAAAAACAUUUCGAAGAGCGACAAGAACAAGAAGAAGCGUAAGAGGAAGGAGAGUUACGCUAUUUACAUCUACAAAGUCUUGAAACAAGUACAUCCUGAUACUGGAGUCUCCAGCAAAGCUAUGAGCAUCAUGAACAGCUUUGUAAACGACAUCUUCGAGCGCAUUGCUGCUGAAUCAUCCCGUUUGGCUCAUUACAACAAGAAGUCAACCAUUACAUCCCGGGAGAUCCAAACUGCUGUUCGCCUACUACUUCCUGGAGAACUCGCCAAGCAUGCAGUUAGUGAAGGCACUAAAGCCGUCACCAAGUACACCAGCUCUAAAUAAAUCAAUACCUUCGGGUAUUCCAAAACGGUCCUUUUCAGGA